AUGGCACCCCCAACAACAUCACCCCCCAAAACCAUCAAGACAUCCCUCCUCCUCCUAAGCGACACCCACACGCUGACCCCCCUCCCCCCCAUCCACCCCAACACCAGCACACCCUUCCGCCAUCCGCUCCCCGCCACGGACCUCCUAAUCCACGCCGGCGACCUCACCAAAGUCGGGCACAAGCACGAACACCUCACGACGCUCUCAUUCCUAAAAUCCGCCCGGGCGCCAAUCAAACUCAUCAUCCCAGGCAACCACGACAUCACGCUCGACGAACCAUACUACAAGAAAAUCGGACACUACCGCCACCGCUACCGCACCGACCAUACAGCGCCGUCGGCCACAAGCGGGAGCGAUAAUGUGUCCGCGGGGAAGGGAACGCCCGGAAUGGCGUUAAGUGAUGAUGAACUAAGGGAGAUCAAGGAACUAUAUACGGGGAAAGAAGCUUGGGAUGCGGGGAUACGGUACCUCGAGGAAGGGACGCAUGUGUUCAGGUUACAGAAUGGGGCCGUGCUGAGGGUGUAUGCGAGUCCGUGGACGCCGGAGUUUUGUCAAUGGGGGUUUGGGUAUCCGCGGCAGGUUGAUCGGUAUAAUCCUCCGGAGGAGGAGGGGGAGGGGGAAGAGGGGGCGGAGAAUCCAGUGCCUGAUUAUCCGGGCGUGGAUGUGAUGAUUACGCAUGGACCGCCGUAUGGGGUGCUGGACCAGGUGGUGCCGAAUCAUAUGAGUGUGGGGUGUGAGCAUUUGUAUCGGGCUGUGAAGAGGGCGAGGCCGCGGGUGCAUGUGUUUGGGCAUAUUCAUGAGGGGUAUGGGGCGACGAGGAGGGAGUGGAGUUCGGGGAAUGAGAGUGUGAUUCAGUGUGAUAAGGAGAGGACGUUGGAGGAGAGGUGUGCGAGGGUGGAUGUUAGUAAGGAGGGGGGCAAUGGGUUGAGGGUUGGGGAGGAGACGUUGUUUGUGAAUGCGAGUGUCGUGACGGUGCAGUAUCAGGCUAUUAAUGCGCCGUGGGUGGUGGAGGUGGAUUUGCCAGUUGAGUAG